AGCGUGGAGCGGCGCUGCGCUCCAGCUGAAGAGGGGGGAGGAGAGGACUGCGGUGUUAUUGUCGGGCUCACAGUGGAGUUGUCGUCUGUGUGCCUCAAUACACGGACGGACGUCGCAGCUCUGAGGUCAUUUACACUGCUGGUUGGUCAUUCUGACCGGCUACAGCGCGGUUUCCUCUGCAAAACAAGGCAAACGUCGACACGGAGCGGAUCGCACCCGCCAGGGGAGCAUGGACGACAAAGACUGAUCCCAGCGCGGCAGCAAACCUGGCCAGGUGGCCAGCGAAACCGCAAAGAAAUUCAUUUAUUUAAAGGCCUGUGCUGCAUACAAGAGGCUGCUUCUGCAAGAGGAGGUUUGUGUGCACGAAAUUUGGCGUUGGACGUCCGUGCUACAGGCCGUCCCCAACCCUUCUUUGCUGGCAGGUUUAAUUAUAACAACACCUGCAUGCGAGUCUUACCUUCGCUCGGACGUGCGAUAGUAGACGGUACUGUAAGGGUCGAGAAUCGAUCAGGGGAUUAUCAGGACCAUAUCAGUGUUUUAGUAAUUCAGUCAUCCUUUCUGAACGCAACCACAUCCCGGCUGGACUAGGUUGAUGGUCGCCAUCAUCAGUCCUCUGUUUUCAAUGGUCCCUUAAAAAAAAAAAGGUGAAUUAUGUGGGUCAGUCCCGAAGAUGUGCUGCUGGCGGGUGCGUUGUGGAUCACGGAGAGAGCAAAUCCAUACUUCAUCCUACAGAAACGGAAGGGCCAUGGGGACGGUGGCGGAGGACUGGCGGGUUUGCUGGUGGGAACCUUAGAUGUUGUCCUGGACUCCAGCGCUCGAAUGGCUCCAUAUAGGAUCCUCUACCAGACGCCCGACUCUUUAGUUUACUGGAUCAUUGCUCAUGGAACAUCCCGUAAAGAAAUCACAGAGCACUGGGAGUGGCUGGAACAUAACCUCCUGCAGACUCUCUCCAUCUUUGAGAACGAGAAUGACAUAACAACCUUUGUCAAAGGAAAAGUCCAGGGUAUUAUUGCAGAGUACAAUAAGAACCAUGAUGUCAAAGAGGACGAUGACACAGACAAGUUCAAGGAGGCCAGCGCCAAGUUUCGUAAGCUGUUCGGGAUGCCUGAGGAGGAGAAGCUGGUCAACUAUUACUCCUGCAGCUACUGGAAGGGAAAGGUGCCUCGGCAGGGAUGGCUCUACCUCAGCAUCAACCACCUCUGCUUCUACUCCUACUUACUGGGAAAAGAAGUUAAACUGGUGGUGCGCUGGGCUGACAUCACCCAGCUUGAGAAGAGCGCCACCCUCCUGCUGCCUGACAUGAUUAAAGUGAGUACCCGCACCAAUGAGCACAUCUUCUCCGUCUUUCUCAACAUCAACGAGACGUUCAAACUGGCUGAGCAGCUGGCCAACAUCGCCAUGCGCCAGCUCCUGGACAACAAAGGCUUUGAACAGGACCGCUCGCUGCCCAAGCUGAAGAAGAAGUUGCCCAAGAAAGUGUCUGCACUCAAGAGGGAUCUGGAUGCAAGAGCUAAGAGUGAGCGUUACCGGGCACUCUUCCGUCUGCCCAAAGAUGAAAAACUGGACGGGCACACAGACUGCACCCUGUGGACCCCCUUUAACAAGAUGCACAUCCUGGGGCAGAUGUUCGUUUCCACAAACUACAUCUGCUUCACCAGCAAGGAAGAGACGUUGUGUAGCCUCAUCAUCCCCCUACGAGAGGUGACUAUUGUGGAGAAAGCAGACAGCUCCAAUGUGCUGCCCAGCCCGCUCUCCAUCAGUACCAAAAAUCGUAUGACCUUUCUGUUUGCUAACCUGAAGGACCGAGACUUUCUUGUGCAGAGGAUUUCUGACUUUUUGCAGCAGACCACCUCCAAGAUCUACGUAGAGAGGGAACUUAAUGGCAGCCUCAAUAGCUCAGAUGAUGAGGUGUACUCCCAACAUGGAUCCCUGCUCUCCAGCAGCCCACAGCACAGUUUGGGUUCAGAGGGCGAGCGUACGUUCAACCUGAAUGACAGCAGUGUGCCCACCGCCACACAAGCUCUCAUGACCAUGUACCGCCGUCGUUCGCCUGAGGAGUUCAACCCCAAGCUGGCUAAGGAGUUCCUAAAGGAGCAGGCGUGGAAGAACCACUUUGCCGAAUACGGACAGGGAGUGUGUAUGUACCGCACUGAAAAGACAAAGGAGCUGGUCCUCAAGGGGAUUCCUGAGAGCAUGAGAGGGGAGCUCUGGCUGCUUUUCUCUGGGACAAUCAACGAGAUGGCCACUCACCCUGGCUACUACGAAGACCUGGUGGAGAAGUCGAUGGGCAAGUACAACCUGGCAACAGAAGAGAUUGAAAGGGACCUGCACCGCUCUCUGCCUGAGCACCCGGCCUUUCAGAAUGAGAUGGGCAUUGCUGCCCUCCGCAGGGUCCUCACAGCUUAUGCAUUCAGAAACCCCAAUAUUGGAUACUGUCAGGCCAUGAAUAUUGUGACAUCGGUGUUGCUGCUCUAUGCCAAAGAAGAGGAGGCUUUUUGGCUGCUAGUGGCGCUCUGUGAGAGGAUGCUGCCCGACUACUACAACACUAGAGUUGUAGGAGCCCUAGUUGAUCAGGGCGUGUUUGAGGAGCUUGCCCGUGAAUACGUUCCCCAGCUGUAUGACUGCAUGCAGGACCUUGGGGUCAUCUCCACAAUUUCUCUCUCCUGGUUCCUCACCCUCUUCCUGUCUGUCAUGCCAUUCGAGAGCGCAGUGGUGGUGGUGGACUGUUUCUUCUACGAUGGCAUCAAGGUCAUCUUUCAGCUGGCGCUCUCUGUGCUGCACGCCAACAUCCACCACCUGCUGGGCUGCAAAGACGAUGGAGAGGCCAUGACCGUCCUGGGCAGAUACUUGGACAGUGUGACCAAUAAGGACAGCACUUUACCUCCCAUCCCCCACUUGCACUCAUUGCUGACAGACAAUGGAGAACCACAUCCAGAGGUCGACAUCUUCAAACUGGUCCGCAGCUCCUACGAGAAAUUUGGUUUUAUUCGUGCAGAUGUGAUUGAACAGAUGCGUUUCAAACAGCGACUGAGGGUCAUUCAAACCAUUGAAGAUACAACAAAACGCAAUGUGGUCAGAACUAUUGUAACAGAGACUGCCUUCAGUAUUGAUGAGCUGGAGGAGCUCUAUGUGCUCUUCAAGGCGGAGCACCUGACCAGCUGUUACUGGGGUGGCAGCAGCAACCCUACAGAGCGCCAUGACCCCAGCCUGCCCUACCUGGAGCAAUACCGCAUUGACAUGGAGCAAUUUAAGGGCCUGUUCAACCUGCUGUUCCCCUGGGCCAAUGGAGCUCACUCUGACCCACUGGCCACACGCUUCUUCAGUCUCCUUGAUCACAAUGGAGAUACCCUCAUCAACUUCCGUGAGUUCAUCAAUGGCCUGGGCGUUUUGUGUCACGGGGACCUCACUGAGAAACUGAAGCUCCUCUACAAGAUGCAUGUUAUACCUGAAAUCACUCAUGAACAGGAUGAGCCCGACUCUGCCUUUGAAGCUACUCAGUACUUCUUUGAAGACAUUACUCCGGAAACAUCAGUCGGCCAUGACUCAAAGUGCAGAACUGAGAAAGAUGAUGGUUUUGUCAGAGUUACAUUCAAGACUGAAAAAGUGAAGAAACUGAACACUCCUGAUUACCGCCAUUACCUGAAAUUGUGGAACCAGGAGACCAGGCAUAAACUAGAAAACACAAAAGAUCUCCCCAAGCUGAAUCAGACCCAGUUCAUUGAGCUGUGCAAGACCCUCUACAGCAUGUUUAGUGAGGAUAUUGCAGAACAGGAGCUCUAUCACGCCACAGCCACGGUCACCAGUUUGCUGCUGGAAAUGGGAGAGGUGGGAAAGCUCUUUUCCUCCCCUGGUAGAAAGGACCAUAACAUGGUGGGUAAAUCAGAGCCAAGCAUGUGUCUGGCAGAUGGCACAGAUCCCAAAGCCACACAGGAGGCUGGGCUAGCUGAUGUGUUCCAGCAGAAGGACCAGAGCCAUGCCUUUGUCCCUGCAGAUAUGGAGAACCAACCAAGCCCCGAGGGAAAAGGGGAAGAAGGGAACGAGCAGGUGCCACCUAUGCAAGACAUCAAGCUGGAGGAAGACUCUCCCAAAGAUGUAGUCACAUCAUCUGCCAUGCUUAUCUCAGAUGAUGAAACUAAAGAUGAUACUUCAAUGUCAUCUUACUCAGUGCUCAGCGCAGGGUCCCACGAGCUGGAUGAAAAACUGCAGUGUGAAGACAUUGCAGAUGACACGGUGCUGGUGCGCAGCGACAGUGGCUCCAACAGUGAAAGAAAUAACCGGCCUCUUGGUGGUGGGCCCCACGAUAGAGGACUGCCUCACAGCACCAGUGUUGAUAAAGACUGGGCCAUCACAUUUGAGCAGUUUCUGGCAUCUGUGCUCACUGAACAGGCCUUGGUGCAUUAUUUUGAGAAGCCAGUGGAUGUGGCUGCUCGUAUAACUAAUGCCAAGAAUGUGCAUAAAGUCGGGCGUCCCCUGUUGUCAACAAGUGACUAUGAGAUCUCGCUAUCUGGCUGAAGUCCCUCAGCAGAUGUCUCAGACUGUUUUAAAAAGGAAAAACAAUUAUCAUGCGGCAGUAAUAGAAUAUUUCACUGAGUUUUAGAAGGGAGUGAAGGUAAGUGUAAAUUGUAUGAUAGAUGAAUGAAUGUGACCAAAAGCUGCUUUUAACUAUGUAUUUUACCCAAUGUGAUAGACUUUUGUUAUAACAAUCACUACUGUAGAUUCUGUUCAGCUAGGAAAAAAGUGUUAAUAUUAAGGUUUGCUCAGAUGAAAUCGGUGUACAUGUAGUAGCUGUACUUUAUAAAACAUUAGUAGUUAAUAUUGUAAGCUCUAGUAAACUUGGCUUAUGUAGAUGUAAAUGUCCACAAAUCCAGUUUAGAUCCAAUCUAGGAUAUUGAUAGUCUACAGUACAUAUGAUUACCUAAUAUCUCUGUACUUUGAUUCCACAUUCUACUAAUCCAAAGUUUUUGUUUCUCAUCAAAUGACAUGGAAAGAUACAAAACUACCCUGUGAAAACUGUGGUACAGUAGGAUGAAUUAUGUGUAAAUGCUUUUCAGCUCCACAUCACUUUAACGCAAUGUGUCACUUUAGCAAAUCAUAUUCUCUUUGUCACACACAUACCUUUUUGAUUUCCUGGAGAUUCCCUUCUUAAAAUACUAUAAUCUUCCCAAUAAUUGCUCUAGUUUAUCUUAAUUUAUUACUGGUAAUUGCAAAGAACUUGUUACAAUCAGAAACCACAAUUUUGAUUCAUAAGCAAAUAGCUCAUGCCUCAGCAGUUAAUUUGGACAAAAAUGCUUUGUUUCAGGAAUUCAAAGGAAGGUAUGUGUUCUAAGAAAAGAUGAUUACACUAAUACAUGCUGUAAAAUGAAAAGCCUGAACUUUGUUUACAACCUAAUGUGAGCCACUAAUAUGUAUUUGCCUUCUUCCUAGAGAUUGUCAUCUGUACCUCUAAGUAAAAUGUUGGCCUUUUUUUCCUUUUUGUUUAAAACAUGGUUUUAGUUUUUGGAUCCUGUACAUUUUUGUUUUUUUUAUUACUGUUUAAGUUGUUUAUAUGUGAAUAUUUCUUUUUUAUUUUAAAUGUCCAGGUUAUCAAUCUGGAUUCUGAUGAAUUGUGUAUCACUCUAAAUAAAAGUACAGUCUGACUGAUUCAGUGCUGCACAGUAAGGUGCCUUAAGCCUUUUACAUUAACUUUAUCAGCUUUAGUGCCACUAUUAAAUACUGCUAAAUAAGGGCAGCAUUACUUCCAUCUGGUAGGUC